AACUUUACAAUCGAUCUCGCGGUAUUUUGAUGUCAUAUUUCGAUCAUGAAGUCAAACAGGGUUUUAAAUCCGUGUGUGCGCUCGGAAUCUCGCGAGAAAUGUGUGGACCACAAAAACGUUGCUGUGUCAACACCCCGGUCGCGCGCCGCGCACAUCACUCCUCAGCUGACGCCGCCUGCUUUCAUGGAGAAAUUCAUACUCCUGCGAUAAGGUUAUGAUGCAUCCUUUCUGGGUUGUCUGCUGUGACUUAAGGUGAAAUGGCCCUUUCCCAGACAAAAUCAACCAAAAUGGGAAUGUCGAGACUGUUACGCAUUUUUGUGUUUGUUGGUGCAGUCUUCAUGAUCCUUCUUAUAAUCAUAUACUGGGAUGAGGUGGGGGCCACCAAUUUUUACCUCCACGCAACAAUCUCUGGGCCUCACCCGUCCCGCCUUACUCCACGUAGCCGCUCUGAUCCAGAAAAGAAAACGGAUGAGGACAAAGAGAACUCAUUUUUGACAGACAUAGAUGCUUUUGUCAACCAGUUUUUGGAGGGGACCAUUGACCCGACGGAGCAGGUGCGAGGAGAACCACCCCCUGGAGAGGCUCACAAUCAGUCCUCGGAAAAAUCUGAGGAAAAGUUUGUUCCUAGACGAGAGUGGAAGAUCCAUCUUACCCCAAUAGACCCAGAGAUGAAACAGAGGCAGGAGAAUCGAAAGCAGCUGCUCCAGGAUUUUUGCAGUAACAGAAGUCUCUUCGACUUCCCGGGAAAGUACAGGAAUUUUGAUGACAUACCCAAUAAAGAAUUAGAUCACCUGAUCGUAGAUGACAGACACGGGAUCAUUUACUGUUACGUUCCAAAGGUGGCCUGCUCGAAUUGGAAGCGCAUAAUGAUCGUGCUGAGUGAGAGUCUGUUAUUAGAUGGCGUGCCCUACCAAAACCCACUGGAUGUUCCUCAAGACCUCGUCCAUAACAGUAGCUUACACUUCACGUUCAACAAGUUCUGGAAGCGCUAUGGAAAGUUCUCACGUCACCUCAUGAAAAUCAAGCUUAAGAAAUACACCAAGUUUUUGUUUGUGAGGGAUCCGUUUGUGAGACUGAUCUCUGCAUAUCGCAACAAAUUUGAACAACCUAAUGAGGACUUCUACAGGAGAUUCGCAGUUGUCAUGCUGAAAAGGUACAGCAAAUACACCAAUCCACCGGCGUCAGUGGUGAACGCUUUUGCAGCUGGGAUUCGACCGUCUUUCACAAAUUUCAUUCAAUAUUUAUUAGAUCCAAAAACUGAGAAAGACACACCUUUCAAUGAGCACUGGAAACAAAUUUACCGUCUGUGCCAUCCCUGCCAGAUAAAUUAUGAUUUUGUAGGAAAGCUGGAGACUUUGGAUGAGGAUGCUGAGCAUUUGUUACGGAUUCUUCGCGUAGAUAACGUCGUUGAGUUCCCUCCAAGUCAUCGCAAUCGAACAGUUAGUAGUUGGGAACAGGACUGGUUUGCCAAAAUACCAUUGGAAUCUAGAAAUGAGCUGUACAGACUCUAUGAGGCUGACUUUAAACUAUUUGGAUAUUCCAAACCAGACAAGCUGUUACAUGAAUAAUGUUUUUGUCGUGAUCUACAUCUGGAAUGCUGAAAAAGUUUAACAGGACAAGAACACCAAGAGGAUCAUAAGGGUUUCUCCUGCUUGAAUUUUAACUUGAUGAUCACCAUAAAGACCUGUUAGCUUCAGGUCAAGUCUCAGACUUGAAAAUCACACUUAAAAAUGUAUUGGACUCCAGUAUUAAUUGUUAUGCAACAAGGUUUACAAAAGCAACCUGUAGCAUAUUGAAAACCUUCACAGACUUCAACUCAACAUAAGACUUGACUUAGACCUGGCCUUUUAAGAGACAAGACCUGAAAAGAUACAUGUCUGCCUUUUAAUGGAAGAGUAACGUGCCACAUCCAUGUGAAAGCAUUGCAGAUGGUAUCACAGAUCAGUUUUACCAUUGAUGUGACCGAAUUGAAUGGCAUUUCAAAACGACCAGAAUCAAACGGGGCCAAACUUGAUAUUAGGUUAUGCUAAUGUUCAACCUGCGCUAUAGAAAACACUGUAGAUUAAUAGGAGUACAUUGAGAAUGCUGACAUGGCCUAUUUGAAAAGGCUUUGGGAUGAUUGUGCAGCCUUUGGGCAUUUAAAGUGACAGUAGUGAACAUACAUUUCUUUACACACUUUAUGCUUUAAGCCCACAGUGUGUUUUUUAUGCACGUUCAAACUCACAGCCUUGCAAAUUAUAGUUUAUUUGACUCGUACGCGUACGCAGAUGUUUGAUGCAUGCACACCGCAGCAAAAGUCUGGCGGUGCGCGUACGCAUAAAAAAUGGACCAUACUUCUGACUUUAUACUUUCCCAUCUCCUUUCACCAAUACGCGUUAACAUAAUUUCUGUUGGCCUACAUUUCGAAAUAAGACAUUUUGAUAUUUACUCACUCAAAACCCGCACAAUUUUCGGAUUUUUUUUUUUGUUUAAGAUACUGAGCAGUGUUUGACAAACAAACACAUGAGAUUUCAUCUAUAACCUCAUCAGUAUUGUUUUACAUUGAGUAUAUAGGUGAAAAUGAAUUAUAAUUCCAGCAAGUGAGUUUUAUCCCUCAGUUUUUGGUAUAUUUGUAAGCUUCUAAUGCAUCACCCAAAAUAUCAGAGAAAUCUAAAAGUGUAUAGUACAUUUAGGAAGUGCACACAGAGUAUUUUAGAGUAUUUUUGUAACGGUUUACAAUUAAAUGUGAAAAGUGAAGGAAUUUUGUCCUUAAAGUCAAAUUUUACAAUCUUUAUUUUUUAUUCUUAUACAGGAGUUUCUUUCAUUUUUAAGGCAUGUGCUUUAUGUUGUAUUUUUAGUUUUGAGUGGUUCUGGAUGUUAUAAACUUCAGAGUUGUUUACUGCCAGUGCUCAGCAGUAAAGCACAUUUUGAAAAACUGGCACAAAAUGAAAUUAUAAUGCUAAUGAGUUGUAAAAUAAUUUUUUUUCUCUAUAACAGAGAGUAUAUUACAGACAAAAGAGUCAGUAUUCAGAAUGUGGCCUGUUCUCAUUAGGAUCCUUUCAUCCGUUUUAUUCUUAUAUUAGUAUGUAGCGGGUUGAGCCCUCUGUUCUGCAGCAUGCUAUAGCAUGUGUGCCUUGCAGUCCUUUUCAUAAAUAUGCAUCACUUACAAGUAGCAAAAAAAAAAAAAAUAAAUAAAAAUGCUGGUUGGCUUUCGGUGUAACAUAAUGGCCUUGUUUGCAUAUUGUUUGAAAUAUAAUUGCGGGCACAUUGGGUUUAUUUCUAAUUUAGCUAGAGAGUUAAUUUAAUUGCUUUAGUAAGAUAGAGCACAAAUGUUAAUGUAGUUUCUAGUUCUGUUAUCAGCAUUUAUUUGCUGCAUUUAUUUGAGAUAAAGGAUUUUAUUUGCAGAGAAGAUAUUUCUUUCCUUUUACAAUAUGCUCUUUGGUGCACUUUACACAUUCGAUCAGAUGUAUAAAACAGAUCUUUAGGUCAAAGAGAGCUGUGAGGAUGAAGUUUCUGUGGAUUUGAUUGUAGAUUGUAAUAGGAAAUACUGUGGAGCACAAGUGUAGCUUGAUUGUAGUGAUGGACCAGAGGGAACAUCAUGCCCCAGUUUAGCCAGCCCUCAAGGGAAGCCACCAUUCUUCAGUCACUGCACUGAUGAGCCCAUUUGGUAGCAGUGCCUUUUGAAAAAAAGUUUACAAAAAAGUUAUUUUUCUAUGUGGGUCAAUCACAAUAAAAAAAGAAAAACAAUGUAUUAGUACAUUCAUUGUUUUGCAUUGUAACCAGUUUAAUGGCUGUAUAAAAGGAUAGUUCACCAAAAAAGUCAAAUUUUUUUCAUGAUGUUACAAACCUGUACACAUUUCUGAUGAAAAUGAAGGAAGAUAUUUUGAGGAUAUUUCUCAAAAUAUCUUCCUUCGUGUUCAUCGGAACAAUAAAAUGUAUACAGGUUUGUAACAACAUGAGAGUGAGAAAAUGACACAAUUUUCAUUUUUGCAUGAACUAUCCUUUUAAAUUUGUUUAACAUUUGUGCAGUAUUUUGCCUAUGCUGUUUUUGUUUCAGAAUAAUGGCCAUUUUUGUGUAGUGAUGGUGCCACAAUUUACAAAGACAGGUGUUAUAUCGUCAUGAUGCCAAUGUUAUUUUUUCACUUUGUUUACUUUUAAAUCAUAGGAAUUUCUUAUUUGCAUGAAAUGUUUUUUUAAGAGAAUUUGCUGGAAACAAAAAGGGAAAAAAUUUGUAUGUUCAGAUCAGGGCUUAGCUUGUGUUCUUGACAUUUAGUUUACUUUAUUUUGCAAUGUAGAUAGCAUUUGUAUUUAUUAUGGUUUUAUUUAAUGCUUUAGUUUCAAAAUGAUAACUCAAUAAAGUUCAAUGCAUGGUGUAAA